UUGAUAAGAACUUGUACAAAUUAUAUAGCCUAAUGCUUGUUUACAGGCGAUGAAUGCUUGACCACACAAUGGAGCGCCAAGAUGGUUGGAGUGGUGGAGAGUCGAGUGCGGCUGAGAACGCCACAGAGAGUUCACAUGCAGCCGAGCGCGAUCGGGUGCGCAUCGAAUUUUAUGCCACCUAUGACGUCAUGACCGGUGUGCGCAUAGCCGCUACGCUGGGCGGCUUUUUUGCAUUAAUGGUCUUUUUGAUCGUUUACAAGAGCCGUAGUAAAUCGGUUAAAGCUCUUAAUGAUCCCAAAAUCGUAGAACUAGCGGAGGCCGUCGUCGCUGAGGAACAAGCGGUCGAAGAAGAACGGCAGCUCACGGCUGCCUUGGAAGAGGCGCUGUCGGAACGCGCCCGAUCUCGUCCGUCUAUCGGCGAGGAGCCACCUUGGCCGCGAACAUCACGCUUCGCUUCAUACGGUGGUGGAUACGGUAGUCUGUUAACGCCGCCUCGUCGGCUGUCUGCCCCUCGAGGAGAUUCGCUGCCAGGCUCUGCCUUACGUUUCGCGGAGCGGCGACCGUCAGCAGGACCGCGCGAUCGGCGACUCAGUUCUGCGACUUGUUCGAGUUCAGGAAGUUCUUACUUAGAGCGGCGUGGUUCCUCAGUUGUGUGUUCGCUGCCCGAGCGUCGCUUGUCGCCGUGUCCGAGCGAACGUCUCGCGCCGCUCGCGUCCGUGGGCAGUGUGGGCCCGUCCUAUGCCGUAGAAUGCGAAUUAGCGUCAGUAGGCGCGGACUCUGUAUUUGCGGAGGACGAUGCGGACUCUACGGAUGAUGAAGUGGAACAGUUUUCGACGGAUAGCGGUGGUGGUGAAGCGGCGGCGGUCGGCGAGUGCACCGAGCUCGCCAGCCGCCCCGUUCAAUUACCGCUACGGUUUGACCGCGUUUCACAUUCGCGGGAAACAUUGUUCUAGUCGCUGACGGUAGAGCUUGCCGUCGGCUGUUAUGUGUUAGAUGGCAAAUUGAAGUAUCGACAUUGUUAUUUUCAUAUACUUACAUAAUUAAUUAUUUUUGAAUUGGCAUUAACAUAU